AUGGGGUUACGACAGUUUCCUCCCGAGCUAGUAACAGCGCUGAGCUCUUUUUGGGAGUACUCAGAGGCAAGAGGAGUGUUUCUGACCGGCGAAGGAAACCUGAAGUAUCUACAAGAAGUCGUCUUGGAUCAUAAUAACAUACAGAUACUCCCUGCCGUCAUCUCGCAGAUGCCUUGCCUUGAAUCACUCAACGCUUCUGCCAACCUGAUUCAGACCUUACCUGCCUCUGUUGGAAAUCUGAUCUCCCUCAAGUCACUCGAUCUCAGCAAGAACGGGCUAGUGGCCAUCCACGAGGAGAUUUCGAACUUGGUGAACUUAGAACAACUCAAACUGCAUGAGAACGAGAUCACCGAGGUGCCGGAGUGUAUCAGUGCACUGCAGAGCUUGAAAGAGUUCUCUCUCAGUCAGAACAACCUCGUCCAGCUGCCAAACUCCUUGCCCCAGCUCACGGGCUUGAAAAAUCUGCUGGUUGCAAAGAACAACUUAUCUGAGAUUCCUGACUUGAUCUUCAAGAUUCAAACUCUCACGAAGCUAAUCUUGGUCGAAAAUCACAUCACAAAGGUUCCCAAGGAGUUGGGGCUGCUGACCAACCUGACGGACCUUGUUCUCACUUACAACAAACUGAAAACACUUCCCAAGGAGAUCGGAGAGUUGUGGAAACUGGACUACCUUGUGUUGGAUGAAAACAUGAUCACUGAACUGCCGGACUCUAUAGAGCAUCUGACAAGCCUGAAGGAGCUGUCUUUCAACGACAACCGAAUCACUCGAUUUCCUCUCUCCCUUGGCGCUUUGACUCAGCUGGAGAUUCUGGAGUUGUCUCUCUCGGAGAACCGGAUCUCUAGGAUGCAUCCAGCGCUGUUCAAGCUCACUCAGCUCACCAUCCUCAACCUCAACAGCAACAGACUGCAGAAGAUCCCAGAGAGCAUCAGAAACUUGGAGCAGCUCGUCACCUUCUCCUGCGGCAGCAACUUCAUCGAAGACAUUCCUCCGGAGAUCUGUGAACUUGACAACCUGCGGCAGCUUGUCUUGUUCGGCAACAACAUCCGCCAUGUCUGCCCAGAGCUUGGAGGCCUGACGGGGCUGGAAGUCCUAUCGCUCUCUCAGAAUCAGCUCACAGACAUUCCGAAGCAGAUGUUGAAGACUCUGACCAACUUGAAGGAGCUGUGGUUGGCUUUCAACCACCUUCACAGCAUCCCGUCCAGCAUCGGGUACCUGAAGCACCUAGAGCAGCUCUGGCUGCAGGAUAACGAGCUUGAGAGUCUUCCGCCGCAGAUCGGGAGCUUGAAGAACCUCAAUGUGCUGACUCUGACCGGCAACAGGAUCUCAGAGCUUCCGGACUCCCUCAAGAGACUGGAAAUCUCCCAGUAUCACGAGGGUCACGUGGACAAGAACAAGAAGAAUGUUCACGUAUCAGGUGAAGAAGGAGCGGAGUAUUGGCAAGACCUCGAACUGGAUCGAUUUGUGCAGGAAAGCUACCCGCUGUCUUGA